AUGGCGGAUCACAAAUCCAACGAAGACGCCACCACGGCCGCUGGUGCUACCAUGAUAGCCUUGUCGGUCAUCGUGGUGGCCUGCCGGUUUUACAUGCGGUUGAAGCUCAAGUCCGGGCUGAAAUGGGACGACUGGUUCAUCUUGAUUUCUCUGCUGUCGCUCAUCACUGCUGGUGUACUUGUCGUGGCUGCCUCCACAGUCGACCCAGAUUUUAGUUGGCUUGAGAUAUCAUACUCAGAUCCGAACUAUAUCUAUACGCCAGCAAACGAGACCCACCUGCUUCUCUCUUGGCUUUCUUCCAUCUUCUACUACUGCAUCGUGUGCGCGGCCAAGAUGUCCAUCCUCUUCAUGUACAAGCGCAUCUUCUCGAUAUCCGGGCCUUUUCGCCGUCAGGUGUACGCCGUUAUCGCCAUUCUCACCAUGUACUGGGUGGCCAUAGUCCUGGCCGAUAUCUUCAACUGUAUUCCGUUCAAAUACAGCUGGACUGACAGCAACAGCCCGGCACCGUAUUGCUUCAACUUCAAUCUGUUCUGGUUUUCCUCGGGUAUCAUCGAGACCGUGCUGGAUGUUGUCAUCAUUUCUCUACCCGUCAGCAUGGUGGCAAAAUUGCAUUUGAGUAUGAGGAAGAGAAUUGGUCUCGGUGGAGUUUUCUUGCUGGGUGCAUUCUGA